GCAUGAUGUGAAAUAUUUUAACGUAGCUUGAUCCGCAUGCGUUGAGGUCGACUUGUUUGUUGGACUCGUUGGAAUAGUUUAUUUCCAGAGCUGUCCGCCGCCGUGCCCUUCGCCUGUUAGAUCACACGGCUGCGCCAUUUGGUUCCGCACACCCUCGGCUUGUUGAUUUCUAUCCCCAAGACUCACACUUCAAGCCUAUUUCAUGGGCAUGAGACAUAUUGUAUAUUUCAGUGGGCAGUGUCGACGGUCAGCGAGGGAGGAGGACGGGGCUCGCCGCGGAAUGCGUGGCUAUCAAAGUUUGGAUAACGGAGCAUAAGUUGAACUGUGCGUUUCGUGUUGUCUAGUCCUCCUGUCUGCUCCUCUGUCGUCCUCCUGCAUGUUUUCCACCAGGACACAGAGCUGAACCUAGCGGGGAGAGGUUGUUGUCGUAGCCAGCAGGCUGAAAGGGGAGAGAUUAAAUCAUGUUGCAAGCUAACGCUAGCUACCAUUGCCUUGGCUAACGCUCCAGUAGCGAGCUGCAGCUAGUCGCUGGAGACAACAACACUACACACUACAAUAAGAAAACGCCGUCUGAACACGGCUACUGGAACACAACAACACAACACAACAACACGCCAGCCUCUACAGCCCAGAACCUCCACAUAGCCUGCGGAUGGCUGAAUAACCAAAGCUACCGGUCCAAGUGUCGUGUGUUUCCAAGUGCGACGCCUCUCCCAUAGCUUUCUGACAGAAUCGCGAAUUCGUGCAGAAAAAAGGGGCGUUCCCUGCCGCCAAGUGUCAAAGCAGCAGCCCUGCCCUGCCCGGUCGUGUAGCGUUACGGCGGCCAGCGGGCUGUAUUAUGUAACUUAAACACUAACUUGGUGUUUUCGUGUGGCGCGUAGACCGUUUUCAACACUGCACUCCGUCUUUAUUUCGGAAUAUUUAACCCGCAAUGGACUUAAUUACUUAUUUUCUACGUGAGAUCUUAAAAAGUUGCGCACAAAAAGGGUAAAGACGACCGUGCUGCCAUUCUGACCGACUGUCUUGCCUUUGGAGGUUUUUCUUUUUUCCAACACCCUGAAAAGGGCGCUAGCAGGCAGCAUGGAUAUCCAUCGAGUGUGACAAGAACCCGUGAUUAUUCUGAACCAUCGGUCUGGAUAGGACCAUGUCACCAGGAGUCUUUAUCAAACUUGGUAGACGGACGAUGGCCUAACCAGCGCACUGGAGCGCUGUCUCUUACCCCAGGAUCAAGAGAUGGAUCAGGGUGGACUGAGGCGUAGCGGUAAUCGAGACGACGGAUUGACAUUCAGGCCGACGGGCGAGUUCGACGGAGGCGGAGGAAUAGGAGGUGGAGCAGGAGGAGGAAGAGGAGCAGGAGGAGGAAGAGGAGUACAGCUUCACUCCGCCAUGCACCUGCCUGCGCCCAGGGAGGCUCCUAACGGAAACGGCCCGGGUGGACGCAUCGUGGUGGGGGAGGGCAAAGCCCUGGGAGUACAGAAACAGCAGCAGCAGGGGCCGCUUCAACAGGAGCAGCACCAUAUCGAUGUGUUCAACAUGGAGGGGAACCUGUCUUUCCUGGAGCAGAGUAUCGCCGACCUGGACAGGAUGUCUGCCUCACACGUCAUCAGCACGUCCAGCAGCUCCAUCCUGGGCAACCUCCCACUGCCUAACCUUUUCCUCAUGCACGUCAAACAGGAAGUGGAUUUCGGCCUGGAGAAAGACCUGGCCACUUACUGCGGACUGGGACAAAUGGGACUCGGCAGCCGAUUGGAUAGCGGCGACGGAAGUCCCCUGAUUGAGGACAGCCAGAUCUGGAACGACCUGGAGCUGACCAGCUCCCUGCCGGACAUCAGCGAUUUUGAGUUGGAGGGCGAGGUGGCGCACCUGGAUAACGUGCUGCACGAGGGCAGCGAUGGUGGGGGCGGGGGUGGGGGCGGCGGCAGCGGCGUAGCAGAGCUGGGUGCUGCGGUGAAUGGCGCAGGGCAGCAACGCCACCAGCACCCCCAUCCGUUUCCCCCGCCGAACGGUGGUCAGAGCCAGCACCCACCCUCGUUGCAACGGGGCCGGCAUCAGCCACAGCAGCAGCAGCAGGCCCCGCCGCCCCCCAUGAUCCCCAGCAUGGUGAUCAAAGAGGAGAAGGACGUUGGCGAGGAGGACUCGUUUGUCCGCCUCUGCACCCCAGGCGUGGUCAAACAGGAGAAGGUGGAGGCUGGCGAGCGCUGCCAGGUCUCCUGUCUCCAGAGCAGGCUGGGCCCUCUGCAGGGAGCAGGGGGGGUCACCACCAACACCAGCGCCGCCAGCACAGCGAGAGGAGGAGCAAGAGCGCCCGCUUUCGAUUACAGCGAGGCUGGCGCCACCUCCAGCAGUGCAGGGGUGCUGCAGGACCAGAAGCCCUUCGAUAUGUACGCCGACCUGCCCCUGAUGGGGGCCGGCUGGGGCAGGGGAAAUGGGUACGGGGAGAUGUCGUCCGUGAUGGGGAGGUGCAGCGCUGCAGGCUUGGCUUUCCCCCUCGGUUUCCCAAGCUCGUCCUCCAGAAUAACAGAGGGAGGAGGUCCGGUGAAGCCAGUGGGCGCGGCCCACAAGACAUGCCUGGUGUGCUCAGACGAGGCCUCUGGCUGCCACUAUGGCGUGGUCACCUGCGGCAGCUGCAAGGUGUUCUUCAAGAGGGCCGUGGAAGGUGCGUGCCCCCACCUCCACCACAAUGUCCACACACUCUGCAAAGGCACAAAGCUCACACACAACAGUCCACAUACUCCUACUGAAUACAGCUCAGAACUGGAUCACCAACCCUGGGGAGUGAUGCUGUGGAUGAAUCUGGAAGCGAGGAAGAACAAGAAGCUGAUCAAGAUGAAGGUGCAGCAGACGUCGACCGCUCUGCCGGCGGGGGACGUGCUGUCCGGUGGCGGCGGCGGUGGCGGCGGCGGCGGCGGCGCAGGGCUGCCCAACGGGGGGCUGAACAUGGCCCUGGUGCCCAGCUCCAUGCCCCAGCUGGUGCCCACCAUGCUGUCCCUGCUCAAGGCCAUCGAGCCCGAGGUGGUCUACUCCGGCUACGACAACACGCUUCCCGACACGUCCACGCGCCUCAUGACCACGCUCAACCGGCUGGGAGGGCAGCAGGUCAUCUCUGCCGUCAAGUGGGCCAAGUCUCUGCCUGGCUUCCGUAACCUCCACCUGGACGACCAGAUGACGCUGCUGCAGUGCUCGUGGCUCUUCCUCAUGUCUUUCAGCCUCGGUUGGAGAUCCUAUGAGCAGUGCAACGGCAACAUGCUCUGCUUCGCGCCCGACCUCGUCAUCAACGAAGAGAGGAUGAAGCUGCCCUUUAUGAAUGACCAGUGUGAGCAGAUGCUGAAGAUCUCCAACGAGUUUGUUAGACUCCAGGUUUCCUACGACGAGUACCUGUGCAUGAAGGUCCUACUGCUGCUCAGCACCGAUCGAUAA